ACGACUGACGGCUGACGGAUCGGUGGUGUGCGGAUCGGUCGUCCUCUUGUCGCGGAGUGCUUGCGAAAAUUCUAUGCAGAGUUGAGUGAUUUUUUUCUUGGUGGAAAUUUUUCCACAAUCAAUCGUUGUGAAAUUGCGAGAUUGUUGCGUGAACUAUUCGACACGCCUCCGCGCGGAAAUCGUGAUUGUGGGGGCAAAAGUGCGUGUUGCUGCCGAUUGGACUAGCGAAAAUUGCGUCCACGGACGACGACGGGAAUCGACGCAUCUGUUUUUCUUGCGCGAGUGGCAGCAGCGGUGUAAUUAUCUUCCCUUUUGCUCAAUUAUUCAUCCGUCGCAAGACUCGACCUCGUCCCAUCAAAUAUUCUCGAAUCGCCCCCCGCUGGCUGGACGGAAGUGAAGGAAAAGGGUUUUCCUAGGUGCACGGGGAUAUCCGGUUUUCCUUUUUGGAGGAAUUUUCUUAUGCUGGAAGAAACGUCAGCAGCAGCAGCAAGAGGAGGAACUUGAAGGGACUGUGUUCUCGGUCGGGGUGGUGUAGGAGGGGAAAGAGACUUUGAUUUUAUCUUUCCACCAAGACGGAGACGGAGAAAGAGGAGAAGCUCAGGCAACAGCUCUAAAGUUUAGUAGAGAGCAGGAAGGAAAAAGCGCUGGCUAAGGCGUUGGAAGCAAUCAAAACAACAUCAUGAUGAGCGAGGAGUCGGCCCCGAGCAGGAAUGUGGUGUCACAGUUCUUCAAACGGAUUUCGCAGCUGUACCAGCUCCAAUUGGACCGGUGGACACCGCACACCAAGCUCCGAUGGGCGGGGGCCAUCGUGCUGAUACUAAUCUUCCUGCUUCGAGUAUUCACCAAACAGGGCUGGUACAUUGUGACGUACGCCCUCGGAAUCUACCACCUGAAUCUGUUUAUUGCGUUCCUCACACCGAAGAUCGAUCCGGCCCUGGAUCUGGAUGACGACCAAGGUCCCGAAUUGCCGACCAAAGCAAACGAAGAAUUCCGGCCGUUCAUCCGGCGGUUACCGGAGUUCAAGUUCUGGUACGCCAUCAGCAAGAGCACGGUCAUCGGGAUCAUCUGCACGUUCUUCGAGGCGUUCAACGUGCCGGUGUUCUGGCCAAUUCUGGUCAUGUACUUCAUCACGCUGUUCUGCAUCACCAUGAAGCGGCAGAUUAGGCACAUGAUCAAGUACCGGUACCUGCCGUUCACCCACAGUAAGCCCCGCUACCAGGCGGUGCCGACGGAAAAGUGACAAUUAAAAGCACAAACCUUGCCAGCAUCAUCCGUUUCUUCGUCGUCGUCGUCAUCGUUGUCGGGGGAGGUCGCCGCCAGUCCUGCUGCGUCAGCAGUUCCGGCUGCCAUGCCAGCAGCAGCAGCGUCCUCCUCAACCGCGACGGUGGUUCCGAUCAUUUCGACCGUCUAAAACGUGCGUGUGCAGUGGAAAACAACCCCUUAAUCAAAGUAAGCCUCGUUCGGGCUGCUUCCUUCGGAAACAAACGCAGGAAAAAAAGUCAAAGCCUACCCCUCUUUUGAUAACACCAUCAGGAUACGAGGAAGAUACGUUUGAGUUUUCAUUUUUAUUUUCGUUUCGUACGCAUGGUUGCUUCGAUUAUGAGUUGUUUUUCAGUUAGUAGUUGUGACGAAAAGAAAACGGUGAUACAAUUGGGUGGACCCGCUCGAGGUAAUCCACCAAAAGGCAUUGAUUUGUGCUUACAUCGAUAUAAACAUGUAGUAAAACCACGAUCCUAUUUUUACGAAGAAGUAUCAAAAUUUAAAUAUUUCAACUACCAAAAAUAAAACAUUGAAAACUAGUUUGGCUCCACAUCGUGGUCGUCAAACGCGAUUGUGUUUGCACGGUUUGAGUGUUCCGAAACACUCCAGCAAUAGUGAUUGUUUAAGAUUUAUUAUUUCCACCGCAAACUUCUUUAUUUUCAUAGUUGAGUAAUGCUAGGUGAAUGUUGAUUUAGUUCGUUUUAUUAUUUCGUAUUUAAGAGCAGUUCCAGUAUAUAUUUUCCGCUAUCAAUUAUUAGUAGGUUUAACAUCAGACUUUCGGCACAGAGCUGUUCAAUAAUCUUUCUCUGUACAUGUUUCCUUAUUACUUCAUCGUUUCCUAGCUAGUGAGGUAAUUGUUCGCAAGCAAAACAAUCUUUGAUACAGAAUGAAGCUGAGAAAAGUUUAUCCCAAGAUCUAGAGCUUCUUCUAAAACUACCAAUUAUCAGUAGUAGAUAACUAAAACUUAGAUUUCGUUGAAGUUUGCGUUUAGUUUGCAAAACAAUUUGCCUUUCUUGUGACAAACUUUGCCGAAUAUGAAAAAGUUUAGGUUUUACAAUCAGCUUUCUACCAAGACAGUUAGCAUGGUGCAGAAAUAGGAAACUAACAAAAAAAAAACGUAGAAGAAACGCAUGAACAAAAGACGGUGACAAAAGUGAACGCAAACCGAAACAAAUACCCUGAAAAAGAAAUACAUUUGAAUACAGUUUAACGUAAUCUACACAUUGAGACAUAACAUUCUUUAGCCAGAGAACGGAGAGGACAAAGCAAACAAAAUAUACACAAACACAGGAAGAAAAACCGACCGUGGCAAACAGCGCAUUGUAAUAAGAAAAAUCUUGGAUAACCAAAUAAAUAUUACAAAAUCUUA